AUGACGAGUCAUGGCGACAAGCUACUGCUGGACCUGGAAAAUCUCCGCACCACUUUAAUCACGGAGCUAACAUCUACCAUCGCAGUACAGGUGAAAGCAGCUAUUGACUCAGCUUUGGCCCCAGUUGUUGCCUCUUUUGAGAGUUUUAAAUCGGGCAUUGAAUCACAAGGACACCGUAUUGAUGAGGAUGUCCUCAGCUCGGAAAUCUUCCCAACCGCUCCAUUGCUGGAUAGAGUGCACCAUAUUGGCCCCAUGCCCUCGGAGGACCUGUUUGGUGGUGCGGUCAAUGUCAUUGCCGACAGGUUUCGUGAGGCAAACGGCGGCAUUCAGCCAGUUCCUUCCCCGUCGUGUCGAGUUUGCACGGGCCUCCAUGAGUGGAUCCCGGGCCAGCGCUGGUGCCAGGGAGACACAGAAGACGAGUGUGGCGGCCUGCCUCACCCGCAGAAAGCCAGGGGGACUGGUGUGUCCCCAUGGGUUAUGUCUACCAUAGAAAAGGGUUACCGGGUCCAGUUCAGUGCUCGACCCCCCCGGUUCAGAGGUGUGCUCACCACAGUUGUCAGCACAGAGCAGAGCCCAAUGUUAGCGCAGGAAAUAAGUUCCCUUUUGGACAAAGGGGCCACAGAACAUGUACCCCGUUCCUUAAGGGAGGGAGGUUUUUACAGCCAUUAUUUCCUGCUUCCGCAAAAAGAAGGGAGUAUGCGGCCAAUUUUAGAUCUGCGUCAUCUGAACUGUCCUCUUCGGACAUACAGGUUCAAGAUGCUGACGCUCAAACCUAUCGUGCCACAGAUUCAGUCCGAGGACUGGUUUGUGUCGAUAGAUCUGAAAGAUGCAUAUUUCUACAUAGGAAUAUGGCCCAGUCACAGGAAGUUCCUGAAGUUUGCGUUUGGUGAAAACACAUACCAAUUUCGGGUUCUUCCCUUUGGGCUAGCUUUAUCCCCUCGCACCUUCACAAAGUGCCUGCAUGCUGCUCUGGCUCCCUUGCAACUCCGGGGAAUCCAUGUACUGAACUACCUGGACGACUGAUUAAUUCUAGCACGAUCCAGGAUAAAGCUAGGUCUGGGCAUCCCCUCCAGCCUUUACGAGAGGCUGUUGGGCCUUAUGGCAGCAGCAGCCAACGUCAUACCGUUGGGCCUAUUGCACAUGAGACCAUUUCAGUGGUGGCUGAAAACGGGGAUGAAACCUCUGAGAGUAUUCAGUGUCACGCGGCGAUGCCUACGUGCUCUGAGUAUUUGGAGGUGUCCGUAGUUCCUAGCCUCAUGUCACACUCUAGGGGCGUCCCCUUACCACAAGACGGUAAUGACAGACGCGUCCCUCACGAGCUGGGGUGCAGUCUUAAAUGGCUGUCCAGCUCACGGUCUUUGGAGCGGCCCUCAUCUGGAGUGGCAUAUAAAUCGCCUAGAGAUGCGGGCCGUAUUGCUAACACUGAAGUUCUUUCUUCCUCAGUUGAGAGGUCACAAUAUGCUAGUUGUGUCAGACAACACAGCUGUGGUCUCAUAUAUCAACCACCAGGGAGGGUUACGUUCACGCCCCCUGUUCAGGCAGGCGCAACUAAUCCUUCUCUAGGCAGAGGGAAAGCUCUUGCCAGUGAGUGCAAUGUACAUUCCAGGCAGCCGGAAUGUAGGGGCAGACAUCCUGUCGAGGCAGGGGCCGAGGCCCGGGAGUUGGAGGCUCCAUCCACACGUGGUGGAGUCCAUAUGGCAGAGGUUCGGACAAGCGGAAGUGGAUGUGUUCUCCUCCAAGGAGACAACACACUGCCCUCUGUGGUUUGCCCUCACUCCUCCUGCACCACUGGGGCUGGACGCCAUGGUGCACACGUGGCCGAAGUCACGUCUAUAUGCCUUCCUGAUCGCUCUGCUCCCACAAGUUCUAGAGAGAGUUCGCCAAGACCGUCUACGUCUGCUGCUAGUAGCACCUUAUUGGCUAUAUUAUCGAAUAUGGUUCUCGGAGAUAAUGUCCCUGCUCGAUGGCACUCCUUGGGAGAUUCCCAUCCGCAGGGACCUACUGUCUCAAGCGGGAGGGCUGAUUUAUCACCCUCGGCCAGAACAAUGGAAACUGUGGGUCUGGCCCCUGAGGGGC